CGCCCAUCAUCAUCUUCGCCGCCGCCUCCAAUCUGGACGGCUCUCAGUCCUCCCGCCGUCGUAUUGUGCGGCCUACGUACACGUCGCCUGCUUCCCUGCGCAGCGAACCCGACCGCAAUUCCGGCAUGAAGCCCUUCUCGCGCUUCGAUACCCGACGGCGGCUCUUCGUGCUCCUCCCCAUCCUCUUCCUCGUCAACACCGUACUGCUCAUCGGGGCGCUCUACAACUUCUCGGGGCACGACACGGUCAUUGACUUCCUUCACAGUCACAAUGGCCCACACACGCUGCUCUGUCAUAAUGUGAUGAACUCGCCGGAGACUAUUGCGCGCCUCGAGACGCUCGGCGUGUCCGCGCAGCGUCCCCCCAUCCGCGAGUCAGCUCCCCUGAGCGCUCCAAGAGCCAAACUUGUAUCCCCGACCGAGCUCAUGUCGCGCUACACUGCAAGCCUUGUCCCAACUGGCGUGUCGAAGAUCAUUCAUCAAAGCUGGAAGUCAAGGACGCCUCCCGACCUCUUGCAGUACUUUGUCGACUCGUGGAGGGUUGUCUACCCGGAGUACGAAUAUGUACUGUGGACGGACGAUGACAAUCGCGAGCUCAUCAAGUCGCGCUACCCCGAACUCCUGGCAACUUACGACGGCCUCCCCUCGGCUAUUACCCGCGCGGACUUCAUGCGCAACUUCUACAUGCAUGCCUUCGGCGGGAUCUACGCCGACCUCGACUCAGAACCCAUUGCCCGCCUUCACGAAAUCGAGGCCAGCCAAGUGCCCACUGCAUACCUGGGGGCCAUGAACACGGUGACGGAGUUUGCCCUCAACCACUCUAUUCCCAACGCAUGGAUGGCGUCCGCCCCUGGCCACCCCUUCUGGCUAUGGCCGGUCACGGAAGCGCAGCGCGUAAUGUCGAUGGAGAACCUUCCGGCAGAGAUGAACAGCCCCGAGUACAUCACCGGCCCAUCCGCCCUGCGUAACAUGUACUACGCCUAUCAAGCGUCAGAUUCGCCGUUCCCGACGCCGGCAAAGUCACGCAGACAGGCGGACGAGGAGCUCCCCCCUCUCGACCCCUUUGUUACAGAUGCGACCAAGAACGGACGUCCCGAGGUCGUCCUCUUGCCCGCACCUCUGAUAUACCCUUACUCUUGGGAUACUUCCGAUCACCUCGCGCGUUGCGUCUGUUCGGCGGAAACUGUUUUCUUCGACACGGAGGUCUGCAAACGCGUCACUCCAGGUGGCUAUGUGAUCUCGUACUGGUCCCACUCGUGGGGAGGCUGGAAGUUUGGAAAGAAGCUCAUGGAGUAUACGCCGUGGGGUAAGCCCAAGGCGCCUCAGCCCUUCUUGACGUCGCCUCCGGUACCCCUCACGCAGCAGUAAACUACCUAGUGACAUCUGGACACGGGACGGCAAUUGCUCCUUAACUUAUUGACAUGCUGUAGACCUUACAAUAGCGACUCUGGUCGCUCAUAAUCCACAUCGAA